UGGAGUAUCCACUUCCGGCUGAAGAAAUUGUUCGCUUCCCUUUCCCAUCAGGAGAAAUACAAGCGGAGUACAGCUCGAAUAUGGGGGAAAUAAAUGCGUUCACGGAUAAAUUCAGUUCCUACACAAUGACGCAGUUAAACGAACUGCUGGAGGAUGACGACAAGCUCAACAAAAUUGUCACGGAAAUGGAUGAGAUGCUGGAGGUGCAGCAGAGUAAGGAGAUGACGUUGGCCAGUAACCGCAGUCUGGCGGAGCAGAACCUGCUGCUGCAGCCGGGCCUGGACCAGCAGAAGAACCAGCUGACCAGCCGCUACAGGGACCUGCAGGAGGUCUACGAGGCCUACCAGCUGCGCAAGUCCACACUAGACCAUAAUUCAGGAAACGGCUCUCUGGAUACUCUAUUGGCCCUGUUACAGACAGAAGGGGCUAAGAUUGAGGAGGAGACUGAGAUCAUGGCCGACUGCUUCCUUGAGGGCGAGAUGCCACUGGACUGCUUCAUUGACGAAUACCAGAGCAAGAGGAAGCUGGCGCACCUGCGGCGCGUCAAGAUCGACAAGCUGCGGGAGGUCGUACUGAAGGGUCCCCUCCUCAACCAGCACCCCCAGAGUUCAUCCACACACGCGCCCACACAGCCCUUACCUCAGGAGCCCACCUCCCCCUCCCCGCUCCCCUUCCUCGGCUACACCAACGGCUCCCCCGUGCCCAUGCCCAGACGAGCCCAUGCCAACCAGCCAUCCCAGCCGGGUCCACAGUGUCCCUAUCCGAUGCCACAGUACCCCAUGGCUAUGCCCAUGCCGGGCUAUCCGAGCCCCAUGUUCCAGCAGUACCCAGCAGCACUACCCCAGAGGCCGUCCCCUGGCCUGCCAACCAGAACUGGCUUCAUCAUGCAGUGAUGUGGGGGGCAAAGCAGGCAGGCAGGCGGGCGGUGUGCUUUCAUCUCCUUUGCUACCUUUACAGCAAGCCCUUUUAUUUCACAAAUACAUACAGUACAGAAGCAUUACGUUCUGUCAGGAAGCACUUUGAUUGAAUAUAUUAUGUACUUUUUCGCGAGGGUUGGUGGGUUUGGAAGGAUUGAUAUUCUAAUAAUGGUGGCAUCACUAUUGAAGAUGCUCUAGAUUUUUUUUGUUCUCUUUCUUUUCAUCAUUUAUCCGAUGAUGGUAAAUGCGUAGAUUACAUUGAGUUAAGUUUAAGCUAAUCUUUAGCUUUCUGUUAUGAAAGAAAAAAAAGACAUUGGGUGUCUUGAUGAUCUACGUAGAAGCAUGAAAAGAAAGGAUGUAUAGUUUUUCUUAUAUAAAAAAAGCUUAAUGAUAUCUCCAAUGACGACUGAAAGUGACUGACUUGAAGUUGCUCCUACAGUUACAUGGACUUGUUCAUAUGCAAACUAAACUCUAAAACGGUUUUAUUCACAGUGAAACUGUUUCCUCUAGCCAUCUCGUUUUGGGAUACUUUUUUUUUUACUCCAAGGUUCAAUUAUUUACUAGUUUAUUUACUGCCAUUUUUUUCUUGGUCACAAGUUCAGUUUUGAAUUGAUGCCAUACAUUGAGAAAUGUAGAAAUAGCCAACUGAUUUUGUAACUUGAUUUGCAUUCCAAAUGAAGGUGCUGGAUUAGUCAUCCUACAUUUAUUGGACAACUGUAUAUCAUUGCCAUACAAAUCUUACAGUCAGGGUUUUUUUUAAAUAGGAAAACUGUGAUUUUUGCUUCUGAUGAAGAUGGCAAUAUUGCAGCUCAGUGAACUUCUCAGCUGAAUCUAAGCAGUAACCACUUGUCAAUCAGUUGAUAUCUAAACACUCCAGCCUGUAGAGCUCUCUUCUAACACUCAUUAAAGGCACUGUUUACGUCAGAUAAGACUACAUACAGUAGGGUGACUACAUAGCAUAGGACAUACAGAUUUUUUUACGUUAUUCUUUUCUUUCAUUCUCUCUGACUACAGAGGAUAUGGAAUUCUAUAGUUUUUUAAUUUCAAAUGACCAUGUUACCCUUUCGUUACCGUUUUACAAGCUCUUAAGCAUACAAUCACA